CCGGCAUGCUCGUGGGCGUAGGAGCGGAAGGGGCGGGGUUAAUUCCAAAAUGAGGGAAAAUAAGAACAUGUCCGAGUCCCCUUCUCAAGCGGGAAAAGAAAUACCGGCUAAAAAGCAAAAGCUGAGCAGCGAUGAGAACAGCAACCCCGACUUGUCAGGAGAUGAGAACGACGAUGCCGUCAGCGUUGAGAGUGGCACCAACGCAGAACGCCCAGACACACCCACCAACACCGCCAAUGCCCCUGGCAGAAAGAGCUGGGGCAAGGGCAAGUGGAAGUCCAAGAAGUGCAGAUAUUCUUUUAAAUGUGUCAACAGCCUGAGGGAGGACCAUGGCCAGCCAUUGUUUGGAGUGCAGUUUAACUGGCACAGCAAGGAGGGAGACCCGCUGGUGUUUGCUACAGUUGGGAGUAACAGGGUAACUCUGUAUGAAUGCCACUCUCAAGGAGAAAUCAGACUCCUGCAGUCCUACGUUGAUGCAGACGCAGACGAGAACUUCUACACGUGCGCCUGGACCUAUGACACCAACACAAGUCACCCCCUGCUGGCUGUGGCCGGAUCCCGUGGCAUCAUCCGGGUGAUCAACCACAUCACGAUGCAGUGCAUCAAGCAUUAUGUAGGUCACGGGAACGCCAUCAACGAGCUGAAGUUUCAUCCGAGGGAUCCCAAUCUGCUCCUCUCUGUCAGCAAAGAUCACGCUCUUCGGCUGUGGAACAUACAGACGGACACUUUAGUGGCCAUUUUCGGAGGCGUCGAGGGUCAUCGGGAUGAAGUUCUGAGUGCUGAUUUUGAUCUCCUAGGUGAAAAGAUUAUGUCAUGUGGGAUGGACCACUCGCUAAAACUGUGGAGGAUCAAUUCGGAGAGAUUGCAGAAAGCCAUUCGCGCGUCUUAUGAGUACAACCCCUCAAAGACAAACAGGGCAUUUGUCUCACAGAAAAUCCACUUCCCCGACUUCUCAACACGUGACAUUCAUAGAAACUAUGUGGACUGUGUGCGGUGGCUUGGUGAUCUUAUUCUUUCUAAGUCUUGUGAAAACGCCAUUGUGUGCUGGAAACCCGGGAAGAUGGAGGAUGACAUUGAUCACAUUAAACCAAAUGAGUCAAAUGUGACGAUUCUGGGACGCUUUGACUACAGCCAGUGUGACAUUUGGUACAUGCGCUUCUCCAUGGACUUCUGGCAGAAGAUGCUGGCUCUGGGGAAUCAGGUGGGGAAGCUUUACGUGUGGGACCUUGAAGUAGAAGAUCCGCACAAAGCCAAGUGCACCACGCUGACCCUCCCCAAAUGCACAUCAGCCAUCCGGCAAACCAGCUUCAGCCGCGACAGCAGCAUUUUGAUAGCGGUGUGCGAUGACGCCUCCAUCUGGCGCUGGGAUCGACAGCGCUGAGGUCUCCGGUUGUUCCUGUUGCUUCCAACUCCCCUGCCUCUGUGUUGGUGUACAGAUCUGCACUGCAACAAGAAAAUGUCUGUACAUUUAUUCUUGUAUGCAGAUUAAAAAUAGUUUUGUUUGUUUUUUUUGUUUUUUAAUUCCAUAAAAAGAAAGCCGCCUUUUGUCUUCAUUUCCUGUUUGUCUGCCAGCUUAAUUGUGAAGGGAAGAAAAAAACAGAUUUGCAGUGUUUUUGAUCCAAUAAAACUUGGAUUUACUCUGUUAGAUGAACAAUGUUAAGCCGAAGGAUGAAAAAAGGAACAGCCCUGAAGCCUGUCUUGGUGUCCUCUCUGGGUGCCUUCUGGUUUGCUAUGCUGUCCCAUCCAUUGAAAUUAUAACAAUAAAAAAGGAAAUGUGUGGAAAAAUAAGAUAUUUUUAAUGCAU